AUGAAGCUGAAGCUGGUAAUUAACUCUAAUAAUGAUGAUUACAAAUUGUUUAAAACUACAAUGACGACUGUAGCACAGCUACGGAAAACUGCGAUUUUAAGAUUUACAUCUAAUAGGCUGGUGGUGAUUUCGACACCGAGAACGGUAUCAAGUGGCGCUGUAUUAACUGGAGAUCAAGGACAAUUGUGGUGCACGAUACCUAAGGAUGUGUUUUUAUUGUAUAAUAUUGCUUCUAUUCGUGAAGAGAAUACUAUUGCGAUGGAAUGUCAAUGUGACUCGCUGGUUAGUGUUUUAAAAAGGUACGAUAGAUGUAAUCAUGGUGAUUUGACAAUCAAGUUACAGAGUAUGCCUGAAUGGAAUCCUGCUAAGGUAACUAACAAUCAAGAUCAUGAGGAUAAUGCAGAUAAUAACAAAAGUAAUGGGCAUCAAAAGAAUCCUAUAUGUGCGUUAGGAUGCACGUUUAGUGAAUAUUUAGAUUUGCAAGAGACAAGCAAGAUUGUAUCGCACUCUUUUAAGGUAGGAGUCAGGUUGCUUUAUAAUAGUCAAGAUGCUAAAAUUCAAGAACCAAUGGUUAAUUAUACCAAGUUACUCAUGUUUCAACUGCCGCCAGUAAACGGGGAAUAUGGCAGUAAAUUUUCGAAUUUUAUUAAACGUCUAGAUCGUUAUGUCACGCUUAAUCAUCUGAUCAUAUAUGGUGAUCGUAAUGCCGGUAAUGAUGGAGGAGGCCAUCUGAGGCUUCUAGUGCAUGAAUUGUAUUGGAAAUUGGAUGUGCAGUGGUGUGGUCCUUUGGAAACAAUAGAAACAAAUGAUGCUUCGAAUGGCGGAGAACAACAAGGGCAGAAACAUGCUCUUCCAGCAACUUUAUCGAGGAGAAAUAGUGCACUUCAGCGUCAUGGAGAAAGCAUGCGUAUUGAUGACAGUGAGGUGGAUGGCGAUCGCUUCAGUUUUUCUCAUGAUAGUUUAGAUGACACAACAAACCCUACCACUGCUGAUACUGCAGAAGAUUACAAAAAUAAAGUUUUUAUCAAGGCAAAGGAUUGGAAAGUUUGUUCUAAACUUUAUGAAUCUUUUGAGGAAGUUGUUCUGGCAAUAUCGCACGACGAGUCCUGUGUUUUACAUUGUUCGCUAGAUAGAGGAACGGUAGAUGAGUCGCCCGAUCAGCCUCGAGAACGCGGGCAAAUAAUAUAUUACAUGGCAAGGUCUAAACCAUUGUAG